CAUUGUCUGCCCUCGUGAAAUGUGCUUCGCAAAUCACAUAUACUGACAGUAUCGAGCUCUUCACUGCCGCCUCUCCGCCCAACACACCACUCCACUCAAGGUUGAUCCUUUUGGGAAUGUCGACUCCCGGCGACGGCGCAUGCGCCUACCAGAGACUUAACCGAGCCUCCAUGAUACCAACUCCUUCGAGCCCCAUGGGCGGCUCAUACCAGCCAGCCAGUGCGUUUCGCAGACACACCUAUGGCUAUCCUGCCGAUCUUCCUUCGUGUCUGAUUCCGGGUCUCUGCCCGGAUCCAUUGCAAGUGCGUGGCCAGGAACCUCGAAUGAUGCAGACUCGCAGUGCCAUGACUACGAGUGUCCCAACGUCCGCUGCCCAGCGCCGUCCAGAACCAGGACCUGUCCACCACAUACGGCCGCGUCCUGCACGACGUGAGCCAAAGCCGGAAGACUUGUUCCUCCCGACAGCAGCACCACUUCCACCUGCCCCACCGGCGCACGGAAUCAGACCUCGACCUCAACCGCGACCUCGUCCCGCAGAUCUGUACGUGUGUCAUGCCACUGGAACGAGCCGACCACCUCCUUCGGCUGGGCUCACCGUUGUGAUGGAGCGCCGUCGAACGCAUCAGCUUCCCGAUUCAACGACGAAAGCGAAGGUUGAGUGUAUCAACUACAAAGGGAAGAACCUGUUGAAGCGGACGAGGAACUUCAUGUACCGACAAUGUCAGACGCUGGUGUCACAUUAGAAUGUUGCAGUGGUGGGGGAUGAGAUGAUUGGAAUUUGGGAGCUUCUAGCUGGGUUGUGAUGGAUUGAUGGAUUGAUGGAUUGAUGGAUUGAUGGAUUGAUGGAUUGAUGGAUUGAUGG